CGUCGCGUUGUCACACCCUUGCGUUGAAUAUCUGGAGCCUCAUAAUCACCAUUUCUACCUCCAGUGUAAAAUCAACACAUUGCAAUGACAGCCACAUCUGCACACGAAGAAGAACAGUAUCUGUCACUCAUUCGACGCGUGAUGGAGGAAGGUGCGACACGCCCUGAUCGCACUGGUACGGGGACAAUCUCCAUAUUCGCGCCUCCCUCGUUUCGGUUCUCACUGCAGAACAGCGUGCUUCCCUUGCUAACCACGAAGCGUGUCUUCUUCCGUGCGGUACUGGAAGAGCUUUUGUGGUUCGUGCGCGCUGACACAGACUCCACGCAUUUGUCCGAGCGUGGCGUAAAGAUUUGGGAUGGCAAUGGGAGUCGAGAAUUCCUUGAUAAACGAGGACUCAGUCAUCGCCGGGUUGGUGAUCUUGGCCCCGUAUAUGGGUUCCAGUGGAGACACUUUGGGGCGAAGUAUGAGACUGCAGAUACAGAUUAUGCCGGUCAAGGCGUUGAUCAGCUAAAGGAGGUCAUUCGAAAGAUCAAGGAAGAUCCAACGGAUAGAAGGAUCAUUAUGAGUGCCUGGAAUCCUGCAGACCUGCCUCAGAUGGCGUUACCGCCUUGCCACAUGUUCUGCCAAUUUUACGUUCACCUGCCUACUCCAGCAACAGAAAAGCCGGGACUCUCAUGCAUUAUGUUCCAAAGAUCUGCUGAUCUUGGACUAGGCAUCCCUUUCAAUAUCGCUUCAUACGCUCUUCUUACGCAUAUGAUUGCUAAAGUCACUAACACGGAGGCUCGGGAGCUCAUCAUUCAACUGGGGGACGCGCAUGUCUACCGUGAUCAUGUUGAUGCGUUGAAGAUUCAAGUCACGCGGGAGCCUCGUCCAUUUCCAACUCUACGGUGGACCAGGGACAUCACGGAUAUCGACGACUUCAAGUAUGAGGAUUUUGCCGUAGAAGGAUAUCAGCCUCACGGGAAGUUGGACAUGAAAAUGAGCGUGUAGCGGUGAAGAUGUAAUCCAGGAUGAAUUUGAAUUUAUUUUGAUGCUUC